GGCGGCCCCGGGACCGAGACCGCGCGCUUCCUCCCCGCCCGCAGGUCGGCAGCGGCAUGUCGUCCUCGGCCCCCGCGGUGGAGGGAGAGGGGACCCCCGCGCAGCCCGCGUCUGAGAAGGACCCCGAGAUGCCCGGCGCGAGGGAGGAAAGUGAGGACGACGACGAGGAGGAGGAGGAGGAAGAGGAGGAAGAAAAAGAAAAAAGUCUCAUCGUGGAAGGCAAGAGAGAAAAGAAGAAAGUAGAGAGGUUGACAAUGCAAGUCUCUUCCUUACAGAGAGAACCAUUUACAAUUGCACAAGGAAAGGGGCAGAAACUUUGUGAAAUUGAAAGGAUACAUUUCUUUCUGAGUAAGAAGAAAACAGAUGAACUUCGAAAUCUACACAAACUGCUUUACAACAGACCUGGCACGGUGUCCUCAUUAAAGAAGAAUGUGGGUCAGUUCAGUGGCUUUCCAUUCGAAAAAGGAAGUGUCCAGUAUAAAAAGAAGGAAGAAAUGUUGAAAAAAUUCAGAAAUGCCAUGUUAAAGAGCAUCUGUGAGGUUCUUGAUUUGGAGAGAUCAGGUGUAAAUAGUGAACUGGUGAAGCGGAUCUUGAAUUUCUUAAUGCAUCCAAAGCCUUCUGGCAAACCAUUGCCAAAAUCCAAAAAAACUUCUAGUAAAGGCAGCAAAAAGGAACGGAACAGUUCUGGAAUGGCAAGGAAGGCCAAGCGAACCAAAUGUCCUGAAAUUCUGUCGGAUGAAUCUAGUAGUGAUGAAGAUGAGAAGAAAACGCAGGAAGAAUCUUCAGAUGAAGAUAAAGAAAGUGAAGAGGAGCAGCCACCAAAGAAGACAUCUAAGAGAGAAAAACCUAAGCCGAAAACCACCCCAAAAAGUAAAAAAUCUGUAAAAAGUGCUAAUGUUAAGAAGGCAGAUAGCAGCACCACCAAGAAGAAUCAAAACAGUUCCAAAAAAGAAAGUGAAUCUGAGGAUAGUUCAGAUGAUGAACCUUUGAUUAAAAAAUUGAAGAAACCUCCCACAGAUGAGGAGUUAAAGGAAACAGUAAAGAAAUUAUUGGCAAAUGCUAACUUGGAGGAGGUCACGAUGAAGCAGAUUUGCAAAGAGGUAUAUGAAAAUUAUCCUGCUUAUGAUUUAACUGAAAGAAAGGAUUUCAUAAAAACAACUGUUAAAGAGCUUAUUUCUUGAGACGGAAGUCAGAGACACAUGACCUGGCCCCAUGGAUUUGAAGAUCUGAUUUAUACCAGCAAAGAGAAUGUAUUUCCUUUUCUAAAGCCUCGGUAACCAUUGUGUUGGUAGAACUUACCACUGACCUUGUGAUCUUGAGUGUUAUGUAAAUUUGACUUUGCAGUUUUCAAUUGCAUUUCUCUGCAGUGUUUAGUUUAAAAUUUGCAUGACAGCAGCUGUUCCUUGCUUUUAGAGUUGUGUUUUGUACAUUCGGGUUUCUUUGUAUGAGGUCAUAGAUUCUUGAACUGUUGUGGUUUUUAGUGUGCUUAAUAUUAGCUUGCUUAAGACAUAACACUUUUAAUCAAGUAGAACAAAGCUGUUGUUAUUACCGGCAUCUAUACAUGCAGUGAGUAUUGCAGUAUUUAGUGUAUGAAGUAUUUUGAAUACACAUCUCUUCUGUCAGUCUAAAAAACUCAGUGGCCACGUGUUCAUCGUAUUAAAAACAGACGAGCCACGCAGCUGUCAGGUGACGAAGCUGAACUUCUCUCCUGCAUGUGUAUAUAUGUCCAAUUGUCAGCAUGACAGGAGUGACAGAUAUUAUUUUUGUAUUUUUAAAAACAUGUAUAUAAAGUUUUUUUAUUUCUUUUGUGCAAAUCAAUUUUUAAACUCACAUAGGUAGGUAUCUUUAUGAACUAUGAAAUGUCAGUGUUCGGCCAGAUGGGCGUGACAGAGCAGGAAGGUUGGAACUCGGUGAAGACACCACCGACGGACGGAUCGUUCUCCUGCUUUGCCUUCAAAGUGUCAGCGGUUGGUAGUUUUAGCGCUAACUCUGCAAAAAUGUCUGUAGAAACAUUUUACAUUAAGGACAAACCAGUAUCAACCAAGAAUAACUUCAGAAACUUUGGGAGAGUAUGGGAUUACGUACAAGCACACUUGGCUUCUAGUAAAUGAACUGAUUUUUAGUAACUGCUUGGCCUGUACAAAAUGCUGAUAUUUACAGGAACGCUGGCCCCCUCCAUGAUGGUGAUAGAAGUACCAGGUAUAAUCCAAAAGAAGAUAAUGUGUAGGGAGCAGUGGGUAUCUCUGACAAAGGGUUUCUCUAAAGUGAUAAUAAACUUGUUUAUUUUCACAUUGAAGACAUUUAGUUAUUUGUGGAAUCAGGGCUGUUGGGUUUUAAAUUUUGGCCAAUCAGGAUUCUAGGUGAUUGAUGUAUGGACCACCCCUGAAUUAGACUAAUCUUAUCGUUUAUAUCGACUGUCUUAGUUUGUUAAUCUGUCUCUGAAUUUUAAAAUAAAACAUCCUUAUGAUAAAUUAGCCCUUUGAUAUACCACUGGAGUGUUAAAGAUAGCUUUGGAUCAUACAACAGAAAUAUGUAAAAAUGUUAUAUAUUGAGUGUUAACAGGUACUUUCACAGGUUGACUUUGUUUCUUGAUAAUGACAUUAGGGAAAGGCAUAGUUAAUACAAAUGAAUGGAAUAAGCAAGUAAAUGAGACCUAAGAAUUGGCCUUUGAUUUUUAAAUAUUUGUUCCUAUAAACCUUGUCAAUAAAAAUAAUAAAUCAAUGA